GCAGACCACGGACCAAGGGUAGCACAGUUUUGACGUCUUCGCACACAACACAUUCGCUCCUACCUACACUGCGAAAGUUUACGUGAAUUCCGCAACGCAAAGAGUGUACAAAUUUGCUGUGUCCCGUGGUUUUGGCUCGUGCAAACCGGGGGUGAAAUUCGAACGUAUUACCAUCCUCCUGCUGCAUCUUUCCGGUUCCGGUGAGGGAGGGUGGAAUGUAAAGUGCACGCGACAGCAGCAGCAAUACGCCGAAACCGUAUAGCCUGUGUGCGCUCCCCGUACACACAACAGCAGCACACAACACGACGGACUCCGGCCAGCCGGAACCGAUUCUCCUCGUGUGUGCGUGUGUGCCAGGGUUAGCUGCGCUGCUCAUCGAUUUUUUUGACCGUGUGUCCGUCGUGGUGUGUCGCUGUCCGUGUUCCCGGGACCGUAGUUUCGUGGCGCUUGCAACCAAUUCAGGGACCCACCGAAAAGGCAGCUGUGCUAGUGGUGCAAUUGACGUCAAAGUUAUGAAACAUUCUUUUACAGCGUGGCCCUAAUUUAAUAAUAAUCAAAAAAUAGUAAAACAUCGGUUAGUUUAAAACAUGCAAACUAAGCGAGAGAAAAAGCAAAAGAUAUUUUUAUAAACAUUUAUAGUGAAAGUGCUUAUAUAAAUCGUGGUGGAUCAUUUUUUGCCUUCAUUGUGUACACCGAAAAUGAAAAUUCUACAACACAUUGCAACGACAACUUAAGAAGCAAACAACUGUAAACAUUUCAACAUACAAUAAAAAAGUUUCAGUUCACAUUCACUCCACUCUUCGGAUAGCUAUUCUUGGGUGUUUUUGGAUCGCAUUUCACCUAUAAACCCAUCGUAAGGAUGUCGAAAAAGGACACGGCUACGUUCUUUUCACAAGGUACAUCGGCACAGUUUGACUACGUCCUUGCCCUGUACCCACAGGUGCUGAAGCUGAAAGCGGAAAACAAAUGCAAAAAACCAGACGAGUUGAUCCGCCUGGACGACUGGUAUCAAAACAAACUUCCCCAGCUAAUCAAGAAGCGGGGCAAAGAUCAGUACAUGGUACAUGAGGAGCUGGUCAAAACCAUGAAAUGGAAGCAAACGCGCGGCAAGUUCUACCCGCAGCUAUCCUAUCUGAUCAAAGUAAACACACCCCGGGCGGUGCAAACGGAAACGAGGAAAGCUUUCCGCAAGCUGCCCAACCUGGAACAGGCCAUUACAGCUCUAUCGAAUCUGAAGGGCGUCGGCACAACGAUGGCGUCUGCCCUGCUAGCUGCAGCCGCUCCUGAAAAUGCCCCCUUCAUGGCGGACGAAUGUCUAAUGGCAAUACCUGAAAUCGAGGGCAUCGACUACACAACGCGGGAGUAUAUGAACUUCGUGCAACACAUCCAGACCACGACGGAUCGGCUGAAUCGCGAAUGUCAUCCAGACGACAGCUCGUCCGAACAGCCGUCUAGCAGCAGCAGCAGCAGAACACUUCCUUCCAAGGGCACGUCAGGCAACGGCACGUCCAGUAAAGAUGGCGACACGGACGACGAUAGUUCGACCUCUUCCAAUGAUGAUUCGUUGAGCGCGACGCCUCCAAAAAAGAACAAACUCGAAACACCGAAACCAGCACUCAUGCCUCACGAGAAAAAAUGGACACCUCAUAAGGUGGAGCUAGCGCUCUGGACACAUUACGUUGCCAGUGAGUUGCAGCCGGAUCUGCUAGAGCACAUACCGGAAGAGUCCAGCAAAUCUGCCACCGACGAAGCACUAAAAGAUCUUAACGAAACCGUGCAACCUGCAGAACCGGACGCAUCCAAGACAAGCAACGGAAAUUCCACGAACAAAGUCGUUGGGCAGCAGCAAAGCAGCAAUCACGUGCUUGAGGAUCCUUCCGAUGAGAGUAACUGCGACACGGAGCACGGUAAAAGUGGACUCGGUUCGGACGAAUCCUCCAAGGAUCAUAAAUUUGGGCAGGAUAGCCUGGAUGACUGCACCAAGUCGGAGGACAGUAUGGAACGGCCUACCACCACUAUAAGUAACACCGGCAGUAGUUUAACCUCUCUUUCUGCCAAUGUGCGAAGGAAGACUUCGAAAAAAAGUGCAAGGUAUGGAGCAAUAGCGGCAGUCAGCGACGACUCGUUGAGCAGUUCUAAACAAUCGAUUGACGACGAAGGAAACAGUUCCGGUGAAGAGAAUGAUCAGACGAUUCCGCCUCCCGGCAAAAAGACUAAAGUUGGUUAAUGGUAGUGAGCGGUACGCUAGUGCUAAGUAGAGUAUACUAUUCGCAAUGAUACGCUCGAUACCUGUAGAUUGUGUAGAUGAUUUUUCAGUCAAUUGAAAAGUAGUAAUGUUUCUGUUUUUGGUUCCGUCAUGUUGCAACAUCAUUUCUGACUAGUUGUUUCAGUGAGAGAUAACGCUCGGCUGAAUUAUUUAUAAUAACAUAUUAAACUUCGAAUGUUUUCUCUAGUGCUACAUAAUCUACCAAUAUUUUAGGCUCCUACUGCCAUAAACAUUCCACCUAAAUUUGGAUGUUACUCAGCGUAAUGAUUAAAUUUUGUUUUGGCUUCGAUACCUCCGCCGUUGUUAAUUACUAUCAAGCAACAAACAAACAUAACAAAUCUAAAUAUUACUUUAUUUAUUCAAACGAUCAUUAUAAUUAUUAAAGUUGAUUUGAUAUAUCUAUGUACGAUUUAUCCUUGUAAAUCCGUUAGUCGUAUGACAUCAUUUAUAUGAAUAACUUUGAAAUGCUUCGUUUAUUUAUUAAACAACCAAAUAAACCUAUCAUUGUCGAAGAUACUGUAUAGAAUGUGCUCUGUCCACAUAAGUAUAAUUUCUAAUCAUAGCAUCAAACAUUUAUGAUGUACUGGUUGGGUACGAACAUCGCAACCUUUCUUUUCAAAAUUUGACUACACUGAUGAAAACGAUGCAAAACCAACAAAAUUUUGUGUAGCUCAGUUAUUCAGUUACUAUUGGUGACAUAAAUAAACUGUGUAGAUAUAGACACAAGAAAGCUUAGAAACUAGCAAUCAAAAUAACGUUAGCUACCACAAACAUAAAAACAUGUACAUCUGACGAUAAAUUCACUGAAAAUGGUGAAAACGCCUGAAAGACAAGCUUCUAUAGACCGGAUGAAAUCACAAACAGCCUUUAAAAUAAGAAUAAUGAUGUUCAAAUCGUCAUUCAAACUGCAAGCAAGUUGAUAAUAGAACACACAUACAAAAAUUGAUUUAAACUGAAAAAACUAAGUUAAAAAACUUUAACAAGUAAAAAAUCACAUAUAUUUGAUUAGAUUAAAAAAAAAUCAAAAACGUAAAUUGUAUAAACUAAUCUGAUAUCAUUCAGAGGAAGUAAAGGGAAAUAAAUUAAUUUGGAAUGCAAUAAAUUUGGUUCGAG